GUUCUGAUGAGGUGGAUUCAGGAUGAAAUACUUCUGGUCCUGUCCUAGGCUAUACAGAAGUGAGGUCCCAUCUAUAGCCCAGACUGAAAACCUGGUAAAGGACAUGAUGUCGGCAGAUGGAGGAUUUUCACAGCAGGAGCAUCACUUGAGCGGAUUUCUGAGCUGCCGACCUACACAACUUCGAGACACUGAAUAAAUAAAAGCAGAAGUUUGUAUGUCUUCAUCUGGAACAGAAAACUGAAAAAGUAAAAUUUACAGUUCUGUACAGCUCUACUGAUAUAUACCUCACAUGUACAGCAUUAAAGGCUGGCAGCUCUGUGGCUAAUGGACUAAACCCAGGUUAUUUCUAUGGACGGAGCACCAUCAGUCUUCAUUUAUUUUAUGGCUUUCUGGAUGAAAACAAAUCAAACAAUCCUGACUCCAUGACAUAUCAGCUUUGCUCCAACAAGAUAGCAAGAAGUGUAACCAUGGAUUAUUCAGGAUAUGGAGAUUUUAGGACAACUUUCAAGCAACCCAAUAUUUCUCUUCAUGUCAACAAUGUCACAUGUUCUAGAGAUAGCCGGAUAAACCAAGUUGUCUUCCCUGUGGCCUACUCCAUUCUUUUCAUCGCUGGAUCCAUAAUGAAUGGCUUAGCAAUAAUUGUGUUCUUCCAGUUACCAAGUAAAUCUAAUUUCAUCAUUUUUCUGAAAAACUCAGUAAUAUCUGAUACUCUAAUGAUCAUGACAUUUCCAUUCAAGAUUCUAGGAGAUGCAAAACUUGGAUUUUGGCACCUGAAAGGAUUUACGUGUCGAUUUACUUCAGUAGUGUUCUAUUUCACUAUGUACAUAAGCAUCAUUUUCCUUGGCCUUAUCACUAUAGAUCGAUAUAAGAAAACUGUGAAACCUUUUGACCACUCUUGUACGAAAAAUCUGCUUUCAGCCAAGAUCUUGUCAGCUUCAAUAUGGAUCAUCAUGUUUCUUCUCUCAUUGCCCAAUAUGAUUUUGACCAACAAGACAUUGACGCCUAAAAGUGUUCGGAGCUGUGCAAACCUGAAGUCUGAAUUUGGUCUAGUCUGGCAUGAAAUUGUGAGCUACACAUGUCAGAUCAUCUUUUGGGUGACAUUUGCUAUCAUAGCAGUAUGUUAUAUCCUGAUAACCAAAAAGCUGUUUCAGUCAUAUAAAAGGACUAGAAGGGAACAAACACAAUGCAGAAAGAGAGUCAACGUGAAGGUGUUCAUUAUUAUUGGGGUUUUCUUCAUUUCUUUUGUCCCAUAUCAUUUUGCAAGGAUUCCGUAUACUUUAAGUCAAACCCGGGAUGUGUUCCGGUGCUCGGCUCAUUAUACUCUUUACUAUGUCAAAGAGAGCACUUUAUUCCUGUCAUCCUUGAAUGCCUGCUUGGACCCCUUUAUCUACUUUUUUCUCUGCAGAUCAUUCCGAAAUUCAUUGAUUACCAUGUGGAGGAAAAAAAGUGCCUGUCUGUCAGCAUAUACACACAGGAGGGCAGCUAAACGAUACAACAUAAGUAAAGGUGAAACAAAGAUAUGAAUUGUUCAGUAAUGAACCUGGCGGUCUUACGUACGUGGUAGAACUCUAAGCAUGAUUAAAAAUGUACUAAGUUGUGCAGUAUAAUUUCUAGCAUGAAUAAAAUGAUUAAUAUUCUAAUGGUUUUUGUUUUAAAAAAUAUACAUAAUUGAGG